AUGUCAAGACAAUUUAGGCUGCAGCCCAGGAGUCCAUUCCUCCGUUGUUUAUUAGCUGUCUCAAGGCAUCGAUUCGGCACCCAACAACCAUCGCACGCUAGAAAUCUAUUGCAGAAAGAGUUGUACCACCUGGUCUCAUUUCCCUACGAGAUGCUCCAGCGCAUCGUGAUACUCGGACCGUGCGAAAAUGCCAUCGCUUUAUCCCGAGUCUGGAGGAAAUUUCAUCAGGUGUGCCGCGACCCACCGACAUACACGGGCAUCGUGCAAAGCGGCAACCGCAUAUCUCACGAUGUGCUGCCCAAGUCUUGGACCGACCAUGACCUUCAGCCAUUCCUUGAAUCAUUGACAGAUUGGUGGACCGAAGCAGGAUUGCACCAUGAAAAGGAUGCCACUAUAGUUGCACAAUGGGCCUCGCAGAUUCCAAAGCGACGAACUACAACCGCCAUCCAAGCUCCGAAGACCCUCAUAAUCGUCUCUGGCUCCCCAAACCAUGCCGACAUAGAGAUAUUCGCGAGGAAACCUCGCAUUCUCCCUUUCUCCGAACAUACUCUCUUGGAUUCCCGAGUUGCUAUCACCGGCCAUCCCGGCAUGGCGUGCCUGAACUACCUGCUCGACGAUGCUGCCCAUUCGGUCUCUGCGGACAGCCUGCAUAGAGCGGCCACUGUCUGCGCGUGCGCGAGCUUGACUUGCACCGGCAUGACGAGCUCUGUUUUACUCCAUUCCUGUUGUCCAAUGCUUACUUAA